UGGCCUAAUUGAGUACAACUAGACCACGAAACUGACAACUACAUCGGUGUACCAUUUAUUUAUCUAUAUUUAAAUACCAAGUUUCUUUAAGUAUUAGUCGUAUAAGAGAUAUGAAUGAGGACCACUUCGUUCUCUCUCGAGGUCCUGGCCCUGCUGUUCCUAACGCUGAUCCCUUGGCCGGGGCCGUCGGUCUUCAAGAUCACCUGCUCACGUGACAACUCCAAAAUUGUGCGGAAGGUCAUCCAAAACAAAUGGCUCCCCGUUUUAGAAAGGUUUCAAGUAAAGCUGCCAUUGGAGUGCCCGUUCCACCCCGCGCGAGACAUAUUCGCGCCGCAGCACGACGCCAAGAUGCAGCACCGGCCCUCGCAGUGGACCUGCGCCUUCUGCGGCAAGUCCUUCUACGAGGAGCGCCACCUCGACACACAUUUCGACCAGCGACACAAGAACCAGAUUAACAGGGCGGAGGAUGCAGUAUGCCUAGCGGAGUACUGCGAUAUAAUGCGGUGCCAAGUUUUGGUAGCGCAUGGGCUUCUAAACGGCGGUGGCGGGCCUAGCACUGAUAUGGAAGUGUGGCAAGAUGCAGAGGCGGCGCGUAAGGCGCUAGCGCCCGCUGCGCCGAGAUCCGUGGCUCGCGUGCCGGCGCGGCGACGCCGUCCACGUGCUGUCCAGUCGCACCCUGUCAGAGACUGCCCGUCGACUGAACUUGAUCCUGAUAUUGUAGAGCCAGAAGAGAAACGCACAGAGGACAGCGAAGGCGACGCGAAUCAGACCUCUGAGCUAUGCGACGCAGACACGGUGGAGUCUUCUCUGCCACCCGACAGCAGGCAGCGGCGACUGGCCGACCUGCAGGCGGAGCGUGCUGCCUGCGACCCAGCGCGUCUUCAGCUACUCAAAGUGCGGUGUGAGCGAGUGGUUCAUUCCUGCAUCGCCACUUUGUUGUUGCAUCUCACGCAACAUCAGUUCACAGAACUUGAAGACGAGAUGCAGCGCGCCGUGUGCUGGUACCUGAGCUGCGACCGCUACUGGGAGGACACGGCGCCCACCGCGCGCGCCUUCCCCUGGCCGCUGCUGCUGGCGCUAGCCACCGGGCUCGCGUUGGCUUUAUGCAUGUGCUAUUACAUCAUCUGGAUCGUGUUCGAUUCUGAGGAGGGCAGCGUGGCGGGCAGCGCGUCGGUGUCGAUGACGACGCACUCGUCGCCCGCGCGCGCCGAGCGCCUGGCCGCCGAGGAGGCGCUGCUGGACGACCCCGACCACGACGACCACUACAUCUACGUCACCUACCCGCCCGAGCUCAAGCGCCGCCUGCUCGAGAGCUGCUACAAUAGAACAACUCGCCUCUGAGACCCGACGUGUCCACCUUAUUUCGUCGUGCAUGCACCUUAUUUCUAUGAAGAAAGUAGAUUAUUAGUGUGUAGAUAUUUUUAGUA